AUGGCAGACACAGAGGUACCCGUUGUCAAGUUCAAGAAGCGAGGUGCAAAAGCAGCACCCCGAAAAGCUGCGCCGCCGCCACCACGAUCCGACUCGGAUUCUUCAGGUUCAGAUGAUGAAGGCGAAGACGGUCGCGUCGUAAAGAGGCGGAAGGUCAACGACUAUGCGCUAAAGGCUUCCACCGCAGACCGUCCGCUCAAGACAGCGAUCGAAGGCACAACAAAGUACGAAGCCAACCGCGCCGCCGUGAUAGAAGCCAACGACGACGCCACCAAAGCGUCCAACUGGUACGAGAACGACAACGCAAACGAUGCGCUCAGCUCAAAGAAUCUGCUCGGAAGCACGCGCUCGCUUUCAAGACCACAGUCUUUGGUUGAGAAGGAUCCCAAUGCGCCGGAGCGUAAGGUUGGGCCGCAAAAGUCGUCAUCAAAUGUACGCACAAUCACCAUGGUGGACUAUACACCAGAUGUGUGCAAGGAUUAUAAGCAGACCGGCUUCUGCGGUUUUGGAGAUGGCUGCAAGUUUCUACACGCUCGUGAAGAUUAUGCGGCAGGUUGGAAGCUGGACAAGGAAUGGGAAACGUCAAACAAGGGCAAGAAGCCAGGUGGUACUGUUGUCGCGUCGGCAAAUCGCGACGGGAAGAAAGACGAGGAUGGCAUUGACCUGUCAAUGCUGGAAAAGAUACCAUUCGCAUGCAUCAUCUGCAAGCAACCGUACAAGAACCCUAUCAUCACAAAGUGUGGGCACUAUUUCUGCGAAGCAUGCGCUUUGAAGCGGUAUCGCAAGGAUCCUACGUGCGCAAACUGUAGCGCAAAGACGUACGGCGUAUUUAACGGAGCGAAGAACCUGCAAAAAUUGCUCGCUAAAAAGAAGGAAUGGGAGGACAAGAAGAAGGCUGAGGCAGAAGCGGAAGCAGCGGAGAAGGGUGAUUGA